AAGAAGUCCGGCGCCAAGAAGGGCCCCAAGGUGACGAAGAAGUUCAUCAUCAACGCCUCGCAGCCCGCCAGCGACAAGAUUUUCGAUGUGUCGGCCUUUGAGAAGUUCCUGAACGAGAAGAUCAAGGUCGACGGCCGCGUCGGCAACCUCGGCGAGACCAUCAAGAUCUCGCAGCAGGGCGAGGGCAAGAUCGAGAUCAUUGCCCACAACGAGCUCUCGGGCCGUUACCUCAAGUACCUCACCAAAAAGUUCCUCAAGAAAAUGCAGCUCCGUGACUGGCUCCGCGUUGUCUCGACCUCGCGGGGUGUCUACGAGCUCAAGUUCUUCAACGUCGUCAACGACGAGGCCGAGGAGGACGAGGAGUAA